GCGGUUUAAGAGAGGUUCGUGGGCUCGAAAUCUUAGGCCCGUUGGUUUAAAAAAAAAAGAAAAAUUCGAUAAGUUUGAUGAAACGGGCCUUGCGCAUGAACCCGUAAGGGGCGGAUGUUGCCACGCGGCGUACGCUGGUUGGUCAAGCGUUCCGCGUUGACGAGGAGGAAAGUCGGGCCACGUCUUGUUUCUUCUCAUUUUCCCCUUUCUCUGAAAAACUAGGGUUUCACCGUGAGAGGCGACUUAUCGUGCGACGACGAUUCCCGGCGUUUUUCUCGACGUAAUCGACGACGUCCUCUUCUCUCCACCAGCGUAGAUGGAUCCGGAAGAAGAUAGAAGACAUUCAAAGAAGCAACAUGAACACAUCAACAUGUUAAGUUUCGUGGCGGAUUCUGAGUACGGUAUUCCUAAAAGGUGUCCGUGUGGUGGGAGACUCAUAAACGAGGUGCGCAAAGUGAAAAUGAUGUCAUGAAGACUGCGCAUGACAUCUAUUUCAAUGACUACCAUCUCAAGUUUGCGCUUGAACAUUGCUGGAGGGAACUCCGGUUUGAUCAGAAGUGGAGGUCACACUCUCAGCCGAAGGAGAAAAGGAAGGAAGGUGGUGCGGAGGCGGUGCGUGAGGAGGAAGAGGUUAGGCCUCCUGGUGUUAAGGCUAGCAAAGCUGCUAAACGCAAGAAGCCAAAUGAAGCAGCUUAUGAUCAUAUACAUACCAUCCUAGCUGAGAAAAAUACCAUUUCCAGACAAAAGAUCCUUGAUCGUUUGCUAGCCAAAAACAUAGACACACUUUCUGAUAAUGAAGUGGCUCUCAAGAAUAAACUCAUCUCUGAAAUGCUUUGAUGUCUAUUGUGUGUAUUUUCUUGCUUUGCUUGAGUAGUUGAUGUGUAUUUCCUUGCUUUGCUUUACUGAUUAUGUUAGCUUUUCUUCUGCAGGUCACGGGUUGGAGGUGACAGUGUUGCAGGUCACGGGUUGGAAGUUUAGGUUGUUGCAGGUCACGGGUUAUGUUUCUUUCUACACUGCAGGUCAAUCAUGUACUAUGUCUAUGUAUUUUGCUAUUGUUGUAACUCUGAACUUGGUUCACGGAUGUACUGAACUUGAUUCACGGAUGUACUAUGUUGUAACUCUAUGUCUCUCUAUUUAAAUGAUGUCUCUACUCUCUGCUUUUUAAUCAAAGUGAUCUUCUAUUUCUUCUCUUGCUAUUGUUUCUCUUCUGUGUGUUGCUCUUGUUUGUCUUGUUUAUUUCAAAGUGAUCUUCUAUUUCUUCUCUUGCUCACGGAUGUACAACAUACAACAAACUACAACAACUAAAUUCAAACAACAAAAACCUACAACAAACUACAACGUAAAGGCCAAUGACCUGGCUUGUGGCAAUGGAAGCAAUCACCAGUUCGCAUGGCUAACCAAGGAGUGAAGUCCGUGACCAACAAACACACAUACAAGAGCAACUACCUUCAACAACAAACAAGAGCAACUACCUUCAAGAUUGGUAAGAAAAUAUGGUUGUAGAAUAAAAUAUGGAUGAAGAAAAAAUUGGAUUCUUUAAAAAAAUGGUUUAUGAAAAUUAGAAAGAAUUUUAGUUAAAAUAUAAUAUGAUUGAAGUUAAAAAUUGGAUUCUUAAAAAAAAUGGUUUAUGAUAAUUAGAAAGAUUUUUAGUUAAAAUAAAAUAGGAUUCUUAAAAUAAAAUAUUAAAUUACAAAUCCCCUUUUGUCAUGUUAGGAAGAAAACAUCAACAAUGUCAUCCUCAUCAAGUGAUGAAGUUGAUGAAGCUAUAGAAGAAAUGGUCGACGAAGUAGUUGAUAAUUACAUCGACUCAAUAGUUGAGGUCCAAGGUAAGAAGCCAAAAAGACGUGCUUAUAUCGACAGAGAUCGGGAACAAGGACACAAUCAACUAUGGAACGAUUAUUUCAAAGAAAAUCCUACAUACCCACCGGAAAUGUUUAGGAGGCGUUUUCGAAUGAACAAGCCAUUGUUCCUUCGCAUUGUCGAACGUAUAAGUAAUGAAGUUCCAUACUUUCAGCAAAGACGAAAUGCUCACGGGAGGAACGGGCUAUCUGCACUUCAAAAGUGUACGGCAGCUAUACGUAUGCUGGCAUAUGGUCAAUCGGGAGAUACAUAUGACGAAUAUCUCCGACUCGGUGACAGUACAUCACGUUUGUGUUUGGCAAAUUUCACGGAUGCAAUAAUAGAAUUGUUUGGAAAUGAGUAUCUACGAAAACCUACAGCCGAGGAUCUUCAACGCUUACUCGAUGUUGGAGAGGUACGGGGGUUUCCGGGGAUGAUAGGCAGCAUCGACUGCAUGCAUUGGGAGUGGAAAAACUGCCCAACGGCUUGGAAAGGUCAGUUCACACGUGGUUCAGGAAAGCCGACAAUUGUCUUAGAAGCCGUGGCAUCACAAGAUCUUUGGAUAUGGCACGCAUUUUUCGGCUUACCAGGUACCCUCAACGAUAUCAAUGUUCUUGAUCGGUCCCCUGUUUUUGAUGACAUCUUACAUGGUCGAGCACCAAAAGUUAAGUUCAAGGUCAACAACCACACUUAUCGUAUGGCCUACUAUCUUACUGACGGAAUUUAUCCAAACUGGUCAACAUUUAUCCAAUCCAUCCCACUUCCUCAAGGUCCUAAAGCCGAGAAAUUUGCAGAAAAGCAAGAAUCCGCCAGAAAAGAUGUCGAACGGGCUUUUGGAGUAUUGCAAUCGAGGUUUGCAAUUGUUAAAAACCCAGCUCUCCAAUGGGACAAGGAGAAGAUAGGAAAGAUCAUGAGAACUUGUGUCAUAUUGCACAAUAUGAUAGUAGAGAACGAACGACACGGAUACGCUCAAAUUGAUACUUCUGAGUUCGAGUCCGGAGAAUCAAGCAGAACUUCGAGGGUGACAAGGAGAGAAAGCAUUCAUGUCGGUGAUAUGUUAGGCAUGCGCAGAGAAGUUCGAGAUCCAGAGAAGCAUGCUCGUUUGAAAGCUGAUUUGAUGGAAAAUAUAUGGCAAAAGUUCGGUGAUGAAGAUGAAUAAAUAAGUUAUGUAUGUUAGAAAAAUUUCUCUUUUAUGUAAUGUACUUUUAAUGUAUUGAAUAAAAUGUUUUCAUAAUUUUAAUAAUAUGUUUUAAUAUUUUAUUCAUCUUUUCUGAAUAUUUUAAAUUUUUUUAAAAAAAAUUAAUAUUAUUAUUUUAUUCCUAUGAAUUCCUUCAUCGGGUUCACUAAUGCAGAAAACAGCAUAUCCAAGUUCAUAACUGUUCAUGGGCCCACGAAAAAAUAAUAAAAAAUGUUGGUGAACCCCAAAGAGGGGUUCACCAAUGCUCAUGCUCUUAUAACUUCAGACAGC